AUGGAGUCUGAUCAACCAAACCUAGAAAAUUCCGAGCAGGUGAACUCAGAUGAUCACCAAGGUGCAAGCCAAGCAAGAUCCUAUGAUUGUACCUUUUGCAAGAGAGGUUUUUCUAAUGCACAAGCUUUAGGAGGGCACAUGAAUAUCCACAGAAAAGAAAAGGCUGUGCUCAAGCGAGUGGUGACUAAUAAAAGCCAACCAUCCUCGAAUUCUACACUACCAAGGAAUUCUUCAUGGCCUUUGGAAACCAAGCCUAGUAGUGACGAAAGAAACACAAAGAAAUUGCCUUGGAUGCUAGCUAGUCAACAAGGUGAUAGGGAUGAAACCCAUGUUGAUGAUGAAUAUUAUGAUCAAGUUCAGCAACUUCCACUGUUUGUGGAAACUUCUUCACAAAAAGAUCAUAAGCGAGGCAGUCGACUUCAUUCGAAUAUUGAAAAGGAUUUGUCAACCACUAGUACUACUCAUGCCUCGUCAGGUUCUGGGAUAGACCUUGAACUUAGACUUGGGCCAGAGCCUCAGGACCCAUCAGCACCAACAGCUACUCAAAAAUUCUUCUGUGUUUGA